AUGUUGUUAGACAAGAAGACUGUUUUUCAUUUUGCCACCCUCUUGGCAUCUGCGUUGGGAGUCGCGGCACAAGAAGGAGCCGUUGCUCCAGAAGACUCAGCUGUGGUCAAGCUUACGUCUGAAACCUUUGAGGACUUCAUCAAAGAGAAUCCUUUGGCUUUGGUGGAGUUUUUCGCGCCAUGGUGUGGUCACUGUAAAACGCUGGGUCCUCAGUUUGUAAAGGCUGCUGACGCUUUGCAGGACAAAGGCAUACCUUUGGCUCAAGUGGACUGUACGGAGCAACAGGAACUCUGUAUGGCCCAGGGGAUCAGAGGUUAUCCUUCAUUGAAGACUUUCAGGGAUCAUGAUGUGGAGAAUCCAAAAGACUACGAGGGUGCAAGAUCUGCCGAGGCAAUUAUAAACUACAUGCUGAAACAGACUUUACCUGUAGUACAGGUUUUUGACUCUGAAGAGCCAUUGAAGGAAUUCUUGGCAAACGCUACUCUUCCUGUCAUCAUUUCAAAUGGCGCAGCGGCAUUAAACGAAACUUUCUACCAAACUGCAAACAAGUAUUCAGAUGAAUAUUCUUUUGUCACUUAUCCUGGGUCCAAGUCUGAGCUAUCUUUGCAAUUGCCUGGUGUCCCCGAGCCAAUUGUUUACAACGGCGAUGUCAAGAAGAUUGAAGACUCACCUGAGGUCUUGGAAAAUUGGCUCAAGGUCGAAGCUCUUCCAUACUUCGGUGAAGUUAACGGUGACACGUUCGCUUCCUACAUGGAGAGUGGUCUGCCCUUGGCUUACUUCUUCUAUACUAACGAAGAUGAGUUGAAGGAAUUCACUCCAUUUUUUACCGAAUUGGCUAAAAAACACCGUGGUAAGCUGAACUUCGCCGGUUUGGAUUCAAGAAAAUUUGGUAGACACGCUGAAAGCUUGAACAUGCGCCAACAAUUCCCAUUGUUCGCUAUCCACAACAUUACUAGUAACUUGAAGUAUGGGCUCCCACAAUUAGCUGAGGAAGAAUUCGAGAAGUUAACUGAUGCCGUGAAAUUGGAAACCAAGCAUAUUAAAACAUUGGUCAGUGACCUACUCUCUGGUAAAGCCGAGCCUAUUGUAAAAUCUGAAGACAUUCCUGAAGUCCAAGAAUCAAAUGUAUACAAGAUUGUCGGUAAGACCCAUGAUGACUUGGUCAAGAACAACAAGAAGGAUGUUUUAGUCAAGUACUAUGCCCCAUGGUGUGGUCACUGCAAGAGAUUGGCUCCAAUCUAUGAGGAGUUGGCUGAUAUCUUAGCCGCUGAGAAUGACUUCAUCAUCGGUGAAGUCGAUGCUACUCUAAAUGAUAUCCAGGACGUUGUGAUCGAAGGUUACCCAACGAUCAUUCUUUACCCUGCAGGUAAGAAUGCCGAACCAGUCGUGUUUAACUCCCAAAGAGACCUGGAUUCUUUCCUAGCCUUUAUUGAGGAGAAUGCUGGCAACAAGAUCGAUACUAAGUCUGUUCGUGAGGCCUACGAGAAAGAGCAGGCCAAGAAGGAGGAGGUCCAGGCGGAAGAUGAGGGUACUGAGCAUGACGAAUUGUGA